UUUUCCAGUUUACGGUGAAGGAAGCGCAACAGAGCAAGUCUCAUUUGCUCUUUCAGUUUUGGAAAAAAAAAAAGAAAAAGAAAAAAAUAACAAUCCAAGCACACUUCUGCACUCCAUCUCCUGUGAUCUGGAUGUUCUUUUAGGGUUUUGGAGUCGCUUUCUUAUGAUGUUCUUGCAAGCUUUCUUACUUGAUGUGUAAGCAAGAAGAAAAGUUACACAGAAUGAGGCUUUACAGAAUGAGUUAGGGUUAGGGUUAGUGUUUGUUUAGUAACUCUUUUGAGCUGCUGAUAUGUCGACCCAGAAUCAGAUUUCGUCGAAUUCUCUGUCGUCAUCUUCAUCAUCUUCUUCUUCGUCAUUGGAAAAGAAGCCUGGUACGCCAGAGAAUGCCGGAAAGGAAUCGGUGAGUUUACCGGAGCACGCAAAGAAGCGAAUAGCUAGCUUGAAUUUUACGGACCAGGGGAAUUCUUCUAGAAAAGCUUUUAGAACGUCCGGGAAUCAGGUUGAAAUGUCAAACAAGGAUGUUGGGAUAAAGCAGUUAAGGUGGACACCUGCUAUGGAUCGUUGUCUCCUCCUAGUUCUAGCCAAAGAAGCAAGGGAAGGAAAGAAGGGUGAUAAAGGAUUUAAAAAGCCAUCAUAUGCACGUGCAGCAUCAUAUGUAAGCAAAAAAUUUGGUGUUCUCUGUACAGCUGACAAUGUUGAGAAUCGAUUAAGGACAACAAAGAAAAGGUACAAUUUCAUAAUGGCACUGCAAAGAAAUAGUGAGUUUGGAUGGGAUGACACCCAAAAGAUGAUAACAGCACAUGUCCAAGCAUACAAUGAUUAUAUUGCGGUGCAUCCGAAGGCUGCUCAGUACCUAAAUAGGCAGAUUGAUAUGUAUGAUGAAAUGAUUAUUGUAUGUGGAAAAGAUCAACCUACCGGAAGUUUUGAUAAAUCCCAUGCCAUUGUAAAUGUAGAAUCAGCUGAUCCUGUUACAGAACAUGAAGAUUUCAUUUUGGAUGAGAAUAUUGAUGCUGAAGAAACAGGGGAGGGCAUGCAGUUUGAGAAGCAGCAGGCUCUGACACCUGAUUACUCAUCAUCCAAGGCCAGGCAUCAUGGGAAGAGAAGUCGUUCCUUGGAAUUUUUUAGCAGAAAGAUUGAUGAAAUAGCAAAGCAGAUUGGUGAGGUAGCUGCAGCAUUGAAAAACACUCGCUACCAGGACAUUUCUCAUGUACUUUAUUCAGAAGUUAUGAAAUCUGAAGGCUUCAAUGAAUCAUUUCUUGCUUCAGCCUUUGAUUACUUAAAUGAACAUGAUACAAUUGCUAGGUCCUUCCUUGCAAAAAGCCCAAACCUCCGGCGUAAGUGGUUGCUUAAAUUUCAUGCCCAGAUGGUUGAUAGUGGGGCAGGUAGUUGCAUUUAGUAAGGGCAAAAUCUGAUACUUGUGAUUGUAAUUAUUGUAAUUUAGUUGGUGCUUUUCAUAUAUUUCUUCUUGCGCAAGGAUGUAUUUUGUUUAUACAUGAUAUCUGAUGUGUUUCCUUCUCCUCUUGGGAAUGGUUCUGUCAAGCUUGUCUGGGAACCUACUCAGACUAGACAUGUAGUCAUGUGAAAGUAUCUUUUUGCAUUUUCUCUUUCAAUUCGACAUGAUUGUUUUUAUUCAUUUAUUUGUUUAUUACUUUGUGGCAAUGUUUAUGGAACACUGGCUUAAAUCCA